AUGCAGAGGUCGACUUCACCGUACAGAGCGCCAUCACCCUAUAGGUCAUCUGGAGAUAUUCCAUAUCCAUCGUACGCAGGACUUCCAACCGGCCCAGCCACAGUCGGUCCUGGUGCAAUCACAUACACAACUUCUGCUGGGCCAGAUGGGCGCGUCAUUUACCACCCGUUCAAAGCAGUGUCAGCUAGCUACCAGACCCCGAGUGGUGUCGUCAGUGGCAUACAAUGGAUACCUGCCGAUGCAAGCUCGGUGCCUCCACCUGGAGGACAAAUGAUGAAUCCAGCUGUCGCUACUGACUAUACCGGUUGGCAAGGAGGCUACGCUCAUAAGGAGGAGAAUAAAUUUACCCAAGAAUGGCAACGGCAAGACGAAAAGCGAAGGAAGCAAGAAGAGAAAGAAGCUAAACGGCUCCGCGAACAAGGCGCUCCUCGAAACGACUCCGAGUACGAGCUACGCCUUGCCCGCGAACGCGAUGCCCACUCAGCCGUGGGUAGAGACCGGCGCAAGAGCUUCAACGCUGGAGCCACUGAACAACGUUCCGGUUCCGUGGCAUUUCCUCCGGGAGCCCAAAGCACCGGCUACCCGCCUCACCCAUCCGUAGGAACGGGAUAUCCCCCCAGCCCGUACUCCGGAUAUGAACCACCCGUCGUGGCACCAGGAUAUGCUUCCAGUGCUAGCUCAAGUCACCAUCGGAACGCCAAUAACGGAAACUAUCCAGAUCUUACCAGACAAUUCAACGAUCUGGACAUGGACCAUCGUGGCAAGACUGAACGCGAACGAAAAGCCAGCGGUGGACUUGCUCGACCACGUAAAUAUAGCACGAGCGACGGCCCCUACGAACGACACCGCACUAUCAGUGGAAAUUAUGCCGGCCAUACUACCUCGUUCACGCCUCCCUCCAUCCCUUCUACCAGUUCCAAAUACGCCCCUCCAGCUCCAUCCAAUGCAUAUUUCACCGCUCCAUCGCCAAAUAUGCGCCCUUCUGACGUUUCCUAUGGAACAGCAGGUUCCUCUGCGUAUCCAUCCACCUCUCCUGGGCGUUACCCGACCGACGUUGGGCGAUCAACCACGCCGUUUGGUGCACCUCCAGGAGCAUACCCUCCAGGUCAUGUCCUGUAUGAGGGAAAGGCGAACAGUGGUACCGCUUCCAGAUCUCGACCACCUUCACGCGCGGGGCCUUCCCGAGCACCCUCGCCUAAUCCUGUGUCCUUUCCCUAUCCUGCCACUUCAUCCUGUAUUGGGAAGUCUCCCCGUAUACCUGUCGCGAAUAUCGCCAGUGAACCACAGCAACUACCUGCUCCAGAAGCCUUCUCCCGUCCUAUUAAUGCCGCGAACGCUUUCAGCCCCUUCGAUGCCGUGAAGAUUCAAGAUAUGGAUGAUGUUUAUGACGCCAAAGCACCGCCGAACAUGCCUGUGGUGUUAGCGACUCAUGAUAUUCAUCCAGCCGACUGGACGCGUUGCAUGCAGGAUCUGGCUCGUUCGUGGAUUGGACAGCUUCCUGUUCCAGGGGCUUUGAAAGACGGCAUACCUCCGCGACGAUCACAGCUAACAACAGAUCUUAUUGAGUUAUGGAAUGACAUGUUCUUCCUGCCGCGAGGGGUCGAACUGAUAUUGUAUAAAGGGCGAGAGCGACGUACAGGGCCUCAAGCGGGUCGCGUUGAUUCUCGACUGGAAUUUGAAGAUGAUUCUGACACCACCUCAUCAGACUCUUCAGAUCUUUCUGACCAAGAAAGACCCCUUACUGACCCUUACGGAAGGCCAAUUACAAAUUCCGACGUCUAUGAGGCAAGACGGAGACGCCGCGAGCAGAAGAUAGAGAGGAAGAAGCAGAGGAAGGAGAAGAAAGCAAGGAAGAAAGCGAGGGCGCGAGAAAGGAAUUAUUCUGUGUUUGUUGGCUGCACUUCACGAGGGCCAGCCCCCCCGCCAGAUGCCACGCCCCAGAUGAUGCCGACAGGUUAUCCCUCGGCUCCGGUGCCAGCUGGCUACGGACCACCGUAUCCACUUGUUGCAGGAUAUAGAGCACUCGCGGGAUAUGGGCCUCCUGGGGGAUUUGGCACACCUGCUGCGUAUGGUGCCCCAGUCGGGAUCCCAGUCUCACGCAGCCAGGGAUAUGCAAGUGGCUACUAG